UGUUUAGUUUGUGGUUCGUCUGGUAGUCGAUUAUUAUUAGUAGCUAAUUUUUGUAUUUAUUUAUUGUUUAAUAAUGGGUGAUUAGUGUUUGUUAUUGUUAUAAUUUAAUUGUUGUUGUUUUAAUAAUUUUACUUAUACCAAAUUUUGGUUUUUAUAAAAUAAUUAUUAAUGAAUAAUUAAACAUGCAAGCUUUCUUAUAUUUACGUGAGAUGAUAAUUGACUUCAGUCGUGUAUUAUGUGAUGUUCAUUAGAAACAAACAAUUAUUGUGAUUUAGUAGUUAGUAUUAGUAUAUUUUAAACGUUUUAAUAUAAAGAUCGGGAUCCAUAAAACAAAUAAUGGUUAGAGGUAGACGUGUUAAGGCCAUAGAAUCAUGCAGAAAACCCAGGGAAUGUUGCUCUCCAAAAAGAAAGGAUCAACGUCUUGAUGAUAAAGUUAUAAUAAACAAUAGAGGGAAUAUCACUAAUUUUUUUAAGACAACUGAUAGUAUUAAUGAAAUUGAUUGUGAGAUUAAUGAUAAAGAAAUUCAACCACAAAGAAAGCAUAUGACUCUUAGAAAAAAUCACCAGUUCCAAGUUCAAGUUGAUUUGUUGACUAAAGUGACAAGUGAAAUUUUAAAUGGUCAAGAUGUGAAACUCAAAAAGACUGAAAAGGAAAUACUCCUUUCCAAAAAGCCUGCAACUCCUCAUAGAAUUGUCGCUUGUACUGAUUUGGAAAACCAGGGUUUCCCAAAAGAUAAAAAGCUAUCUAAGAAAAGACUUAACGAUCGAUUUGUUAAUAAUUCUGAAAUUAUGAAGCAUCCAAUUAUAAGUAUCAAUCCGAAAGAUGAUCAAAAUCACAAACUAACAGACUUUUUCCCCGUUCGGCGAUCAGUAAGGAAAACCAAAAAGACUGUUCUGGAGGAAAAACAAAGAGACCUGGAGAACAUUCUCAGGAAAAAUAUUGAGGAGGGACUCAAGGUUCACAUAUUUGAAGAGAAAGGCAGAGGUGUGGUUACAACGAAACCCUUUAAACGUGGAGACUUUGUCGUUGAGUAUAGCGGAGAACUCAUUGAUAUGAGUGAGGCCAAACGUAGGGAAGAGGAGUAUGCUGAAGACCAAAAUACAGGUUGCUACAUGUAUUAUUUUUGCCAUAAAAAUAAGCAAUUUUGUGUGGAUGCAACGGCAGAAACAGGUCGAUUGGGUCGUUUGGUGAAUCACUCUAGAAACGGAAAUCUCAUUACACGUACGGUUUCAGUAGAUGGCGUACCUCGAUUAAUAUUAGUAGCUAAAGAGGACAUUUCAACCGGCGAAGAACUAACGUACGAUUACGGAGAUCGAUCUAAGGAAUCCCUCAAGUACCACCCCUGGUUGGCUUAUUGAUGCAAAAUUGAACUUCACGUAGAUUCUUUUUUGUACAAACACAUUCUUUCACAUAGUGUUUAAUUUUGACAACAUCAAAUCUCUCUAAUAAUUCUUGAAGGUGGCAUUUAAAGUAAAAGAAGUAAACGUUUCGUAUGAAGUACUGGUGUUGUUUUCAAGUUUAAAAAGAACACUGAUUGAAUACUGAAAUUAGUCUGCACUGAUUUAGUUGUCGUUUAUAUUUUAAUAACGUCAAUUUUGACUGAUCGUGAGUGAGUUGAAUUCUCAUUAUACCUGCUAGUUAGUACGAUGCAAAACUUUAGUACAAUUUGUAUAUUUACUUAUCACCAAUUAAUGACAGUGCUAUACAA